AUGAAGGAACUACAAAGAACGUUCUUCUAUCUCUCCGUUGUUUUGGAGACGGUCAGUGAAAUGCUUUGCCUUGGCAACGAGUUUGUGAUGAUUCACAGACAAGACCGUAUGCGUUCGGCAGUGUUCCACAAAGUAAAAGAGGGUAUGCGAAGUAGAACGGUUUAACAGUUUUCCACUAGUCUCAACUGCUUGUUUUUUAAGAAUGCUUAGAUAGCGAAGAGUAACUUUUGCGUUUAUUGUUGGGUGACGGUUGACUAUUUUUCAAGAUGGUUGUUACCAAAGUAUUACAGUUAAGAUUUUACUUCGUACAUCUCCCCAUUUUUCCAAAAACAAAUCUCCCCGAAACUUUCUAUAGAAAAUCGCCUUAAUAGCUUAGAAUCCUUGUCACAAUAAAUGCUUGAAAAUCUUUUUUAUGAUUUUUCGAAUGAUUUUGAUGAAAAAGGAGAGUGUUAAUUGUGUUAAAAUAUAAACAUAAUAAAUAAUAAACAAACAAAGACUAUUCUAGAUACCAUAUUACAUGUUGAAAUUUUCGCAACAUUUUUAUCUCGCGAUUUUGAUGUGCGCAUAUUUCGCGACACUUCAAUUUCGCGAUUUUGCGAAAUUUUAUUUUGAAUCACUUUAAAUUCGCGUUUUUGGGCACAAUAAUUUACAUUUCAUAGGCUAUGUUAUUUAACAUUGAAUUAAACCACUUUAUCAAAGGAAGAAUUACGUAAAAAUUAAGAAAACAAAGCAGUUCUCAUAAUGUCCACAAGCAGUUUAUGCUUGUAGGUGAAUUAUUGUUCUUGAGUCUAUUGACCACAACAUCCAUUUACACCGAAAAUUCAUCAGCAAAGUAAAAAAUGUGAUUUGUAAACGUUUCAGUGGUAACAAACUCGUUCUUUCUUGAUUAUGGACAUAAUAUGAGUCCCUUAAUUUUCGCGUCACUUUAAUUUCGCGAUUUUUUUUGUGUCGUGAAAAUUUCAUGUAAUAGCUCGGUAGUCUUCCACUACUACGUGGUGCCUCUGAGGAAAAUCUGAGAAGAAUGUUCUUAUUUCUUUCAUUUUUAAUAGAUGAAGUCCUAGAAGGACAUUUGAUAUCCGUACAUAAAGUGUCUUCGGACCUGGACUGCUUACAAAAAUGUCUUUCACAAGCUAAAUGUGUUUCGUUCAACUUCCAACUUCAAAGCCCCGACUUGCAUCACACCUGUGAACUUAAUAACGUCACACGAGAAUAUUUUGGUACACUUGGCCCACGGCGCGGAUUCUCCUACUGGGAGGCUAUUAGAGACAUCCUACAGGCAAGUAGUCAUUUCGAAGGUUAA